AUGUCCGACUUGGCAUCUCUUAAGCAAUGGAGACAGACUUUCUUUAGAAGGGAGCGCCACUUCUACACGCAGCUGGCUCCAGCAGGAGAGGAAUUAGAGAUGCAAUCUUUCCCCUUACAACGUCCUAGCUCACCRACUACCCCACCUUCUCGACGCUCAUCGUAUAGCCAACCAACUUCGAGCAAGUUGAAGCGACGGUCAAUGGCCUUCUUCAACAAAAUGGAUGUGCCUACUUAUCCAGCUAUGGUGGAAGCCAUGGCAAUCCCCCGUAUGGCUUCAGCGGCGCCAAUGGCAUCGUGGUAA